AUGUGCUCCCUCCCUAUGGCAAGAUACUGUAUAAUCAAAGAUGUGGAUCAGAAGGCUCUGUAUAUACGAGACGGCCAGCUUCUGGUAGGAGAUCCAGACACAGACAACUGUACUGCAGAAAAGAUCUGUAUACUUCCUAACAGAGGCCUGGACCGCACCAAGGUCCCCAUCUUCCUGGGAGUCCAUGGAGGAAGUUGCUGCCUGGCAUGUGUGGAGACAAGAGAGGGGCCUUCUCUACAGCUGGAGGAUGUGAACAUCGAGGAUCUGUACAAGGGAGGUGAACGGGCCACACGCUUCACCUUCUUUCAGAGCAGCUUGGGCUCUGCCUUCAGGCUGGAGGCUGCUGCCUAUCCUGGAUGGUUCCUCUGUGGCCCAGCUGAACCCCAUCAGCCAAUACAGCUCACCAAAGAUAGUGAAUCUUUGGCUCGCACUGAGUUCUACUUUGAACAAAGUCGGUAA